AGGAGGAGACGGCGGUGGGGAAGGCGAAGAGGGCGGUGGCGAAGAAGAAGCGGCGGCGGAGGGGAGGUGCUGGUGGAGGGAGUAGCGGCGGAGGCCGGGCUCAGGGCGGGCGGCCUCGGGGCCCUCGGAGGGAACAAAGAGCAGCGGGAGGCUGAGGCUGAGGCGGCGGCGGCUGAGGCGGGAGCGGCGACGGCGGCAGCGGCGGCGGCGCGGCGGCAGCUGGGGGGACUGGUAUGGUGGUUCCAGAGGUCAGACCCCGCUGCACUCACAGGGAGGAGGAGGAGGCGGAGGAAGGAGGCGAACCCCGAGAGAUUAGCAUGACAUAGUGGAUAGAGGACCAGCCUUGGAGUCAGGAAGACCUGGUUCAAGUCCCACCUCUGAUACAUACAGUCUGGCCCUGGGCAAAUCACUUAAUCUCUCAGUACCCCCAGGCAUGCCCAAAGAAAAGUACGAUCCACCUGACCCCCGGAGGAUGUACACAAUUAUGUCCUCAGAGGAAGCAGCCAAUGGGAAAAAGUCACACUGGGCAGAGCUUGAAAUAAGUGGAAAAGUAAGAAGCUUAAGCUCAUCUUUAUGGUCACUGACCCACUUGACAGCUUUGCAUCUCAGUGACAAUUCUUUAUCCCGCAUUCCUUCCGACAUUGCCAAGCUUCAAAAUUUGGUUUAUCUGGACAUGUCCUCUAAUAAAAUCCGUAGUUUACCAGCAGAACUCGGAAACAUGGUGUCACUCAGGGAACUCCAUUUAAAUAACAACCUGUUACGAGUUCUACCUUUUGAGCUGGGAAAACUGUUUCAGUUGCAGACUUUAGGUCUAAAAGGAAAUCCACUUACACAAGAUAUAUUGAACCUCUAUCAGGAACCGGAUGGGACAAGAAGGCUACUGAACUAUUUGCUUGAUAAUUUGGCAGGUACUGGAAAAACAAUGGCAACAGAACAACCACCUCCAAGAUCUUGGAUUAUGUUACAAGAACCAGACAGAACAAGGCCAACUGCUUUGUUUUCUGUCAUGUGCUACAAUGUUCUCUGUGACAAAUAUGCAACUCGCCAGUUAUAUGGCUAUUGUCCAUCAUGGGCACUUACUUGGGAGUAUAGAAAAAAAGCCAUUAUGCAGGAAAUCUUGAGCUGCAAUGCUGACAUCAUAAGUCUUCAGGAGGUUGAAACUGAACAGUAUUACAGUUUUUUUCUGGUAGAGCUAAAGGAACGCGGCUAUAAUGGAUUCUUUAGUCCAAAAUCUAGAGCUAGGACAAUGUCAGAACAGGAAAGAAAACAUGUUGAUGGCUGUGCAAUAUUCUUCAAGACAGAAAAAUUCACAUUGGUUCAGAAACACACUGUUGAAUUCAAUCAACUAGCAAUGGCAAAUUCAGAAGGGUCUGAAGCUAUGCUGAACAGAGUUAUGACAAAAGAUAACAUUGGAGUUGCAGUGCUACUAGAACUUCGAAAAGAAUUGAUUGAAAUGUCAUCUGGAAAGCCACAUCUUGGGACAGAAAAGCAGCUUAUUCUUGUUGCUAAUGCACAUAUGCAUUGGGAUCCUGAAUAUUCUGAUGUGAAAUUGGUACAGACUAUGAUGUUCCUCUCUGAAGUAAAGAACAUUAUAGACAAAGCCUCUCGGAGUCUCAAGUCUAAUGUACUGGGAGAACUUGGAACCAUUCCACUUGUUCUUUGUGCAGAUCUCAAUUCUUUGCCAGACUCUGGUGUCGUAGAAUACUUGAGUACUGGUGGAGUAGAAACAAAUCAUAAGGAUUUCAAAGAACUAAGAUACAAUGAAAGUCUUACUAACUUCAGCUGUAAUGGGAAAAAUGGAACGACAAAUGGAAGGAUUACACAUGGUUUCAAGUUAAAGAGUGCCUAUGAGAAUGGCCUAAUGCCUUAUACUAAUUAUACAUUUGACUUCAAGGGUAUAAUUGACUACAUCUUCUACUCUAAACCUCAACUGAACAUCCUAGGCAUUCUUGGACCUCUGGAUCACCAUUGGCUAAUAGAGAACAAUAUAAGCGGCUGUCCACACCCACUCAUCCCUUCUGACCACUUCUCACUUUUUGCACAACUGGAGCUUUUACUACCCUUCCUGCCCCCAGUCAAUGGUAUCCACCUUCCUGGCAGGAGGUAGUCAAGUACAUUGAGAGGGCAACCUCAAUCUGAUUUGUAAAAUUGUAAAAUCUGAAUAUAGAGGAGUGAGGUAUGGCCAACAGGGAUUUUUUUUCUUAAUGAUGAUCCGAAUUUUAAAUCUUGAUUAUUUGGUAAAGACAAUAGUAAAAGCCAGGUGCUAUCAACAGAGACAAAAUUCUGAGCCCAGUCUGCUUUGUGUACUGUUAGACAGGGAUUGGUGCAUUUGCACCUGUCUUUAAUUUGUUACAAGUAAUCUUCCUAUUUCUCCUAUCCAGCAUAAUAUUUUCAUGCCUUGAAAUAGGGAAAUGUUUAUAGAGCAUAUUCUCUUUGCACAGAAAUCUGUAGCACUACUUUCUGAGGCCAGUAGUAACAUCUAGAGACCAUUCUUCUGUACUUCACUUCCUCCUUUUUCAGACUUAUUUGUAAAAUAUAGAAUUUGAAUUUAGCCUUUAUGCUUGUAUAUGAACUACAGAAGACCUGAUUUAUGAGAUUUUUGUACUUUAAAAAAAAUCAGAUUUGGAAAUGAUUGUAUUGUAAACUAAGGCUAAAUUUUUAUUGGUUUCAUGUGUUAGGCCAGCUUGUAAAGUAAAAGAAGCUGCCACAGGCUUUCUCUGCUAAGAAUUUGCACUGUUAGGGUUGUGUUAGCCCUCUUGAACUACUUUAUUUUUAAAUUGAGAACAUUGCUUUCUAAAUCAAAAUCUGUUUAAAGCUCAAGACAUUAAUUCUAACCAGAGAUAAUUUAUCCAUGUAUUUGUGAAUUGUAUGAAAAAACAUAUGACUCCCAGGACAGAUAAGCUAAGCAGUCAAUAAUCAGUAGACUUCUAUGGGCUAAUGUGUGUAGAUUCUAAUAUUUUUAAAUCUUUAACUUUUUUUAAGUUAAGAAAAAUUAGGGAUGCUUAUGUACAGCUUCUUAACUUCUGUUUAAAAUACUACUUGUCCUAUCUCCACUGUGCCUGCUCUUAUUUGUUCUCAACAAGCACUGCCUGUGCAUGCAGAGAGAAUCUGUGCAUCCUCUUUUAUAUUUUUAAAAUACUGUUAACAUUUGUGAAAAUUUUAUGAAGAUGCUUUUGUAGAAGCUGUGGCAUUUUUUCCUUUUGUGAAGCAUUGAAUAUCACAUAUUUGAACUUGUUCAGAAUGUGGGUCCCCAAUUCCUAGCUCACCAAACCCAAGCACUGCUCACAGAGUCAAUUGCACAGUGCUGCCUGUCACUCAAAAUACUACUAUCAUGUGAAUUCUUUUCAGUUUCAGUGUGUUCCUGUCUCCAAAAAAGAGAAUAUCAUUUCUUGGAAAAAAAAGUAAUGUUUUCUCAUUUAUGAAGCAGUGUAAUUAGAUUCAGUAUUGUAUAUUCAGAACAGGUUCCCAAGACAAUUCUUCAGAUCAUUUUAAAGUGACCAAGUCUUAUUUUAGUGUGUCAAGCAAGACUUAAGUUAUAUCAUAUCCUGUGUUUGUUGCUCAUAGUGCCAUUAGUAGCUUAGAGAUGUAACGCCAACUUUUACCUUGAAAAAUUAACUUAUAUUUUCUCUCCCCAUUCUCUCAUCUUUCAAAAAUCAAUUAAAUGAAUUCCAAAAGAUCUUGGUCUAACUGCUUUUGUUUCAACUGCAGGCAGGGAAGCAAAAGGGCACUGUAUGAACAUUAAAGUAAAAAUUGCUGAAUGCUAUGAGCAUUUUUUUUUUUUACCACAGUGGAUGUCAUUGCCAAUAUGACUUAAAAUUUUAUUAUAAAAUCUCAGCACUUAAAUGUGCUUAACCAUUUUAAGAUAAAAUGACAGUGUAUAAAGUCUAAUAUUUUCACUUUAAAUUUCUAAAGUCUUGAUCUUGAAUUCUUGUCUGGGACCUGGUUUUUGUUUGAGGUGUUUUUUUGUUUGGUUUUGGUUUUUUAAAGUUGUGCAGACAUCAAACAUGUCCAGUUUAUAAUCAGUACAUUGAAAUGCAGGUAGAAUUGAUGUAGUAGAGUCAAUGCAUAACUUUUAUGUUCUUUUUUGGUUUUUUUUUUUUUUUUGUAAAGUGUGAAUAAAAGGUGUUUACUCAUGUUUCCUUAACAAUGUGUUGGUAAUGUGCAUCAUGACAAUUUCCAGUGAAGAUGAGCUAGUUGAGCUCAUCAAAUUGAGUAAACUAUUUUUUUGAUGAUCUGGAUUAUGUAAUAAUAAGUCCAGAAAGCUUUAUGGCAGGUUUGGGGGAAGCACUUAUUCAUUUUGUAUUUGUUAGUAGGGGAUAUUUUACUUUAAUAGAUGCUGGAGCUGGAGUGCACUUGUUAGAUUCUUAAAGGUUUGAGCUUUACUCAUUAUGUUUCACCUGUAUUUGUUACUGUCUCAAAUAGAUUUGAAUUUAUGGCAGCAGAGUAAAUAUUAUGACCUAUUGUGUCUUGAAGAUACUUGUUCUUGCCUAGACCAGACACAUUGCAAUCUUUGUGUCAGUUUAGACUGCUUUUCCACCUUUUAGAUAGUGAUAAAUUGAAUUGUGAGGAUCUACUAAUGGUUUACAGCUAUAAUUUCAAAGGAGAAAUAUUUUGAAUCUAAAGGGGAGUAACAGUUAUACCCAAACUGAACUGAGAUGCUUUUGUCAAGCAAGUUUUGUGUUAAAAUAUUUUCCUGUGUCAUGAAUCUAAUUUCAACAUCAUUUCCAACAAGCCGUACCCAAAAAAGAUGCAAUAAAAUUCAUAUGUUUUCACAGUGCAGAUUUUUUUCUUCUAAAGCCCUAUAACAAAUAUUAAUUAAAUGCAAUUUUGGUGUUGCCAUAACAGGCCUUCAGUGUUUUUGUAAGCACAUCAUACAAAUGUUCUUAAAGUGGGGUUGGGGGUGGGAGGUGGGAAAAGAGUUUAGUUUUCUCUCUUAUAGGAAAACAGGUAUUUUGGAGCCAUUAAAUUCCAUUCUGUAAAGUGUCUUGAAGCUCAAGACAGUUUGCAGUAUUUAUGGAGAUUAUUUAUCCUUUGAGAAAAUAAUGUUCAUCUAAAUUAGAUUGUGGCACAAUUUAAACUAAAGCUGUGGAAAUAUGAACUAAUUGAAACUUUAAAAAACAAAUAGCAUUAAUUAGGCAAAGAAGACCAGUAGAAAAUUUGUUAAUUUUGUGUAACUCAGUGACAUCCAGUAAGCCUUAGUUUGGCCUAAUGCUUUUAAAUCUAGGGGAAUUAUUCUCCUGAAUGUUGGAUUUUAAAUUCAAAUUCAAAUUUUUUUCUAAGAUGCAAAUUCUCAACAGAUAAUUUUCAGUAUUCCUUUUUUUUUUUUCUUUUAGCUAUGUAUGGUAUAACUCUAAAGUAAUGAGGUUGAAUUUCUAUAAGCUACAUAAAAUCAGUCUCACUACAUUAGAGCUCUACCUUUUAUAAGGAAAUAAACCACCUAAGGCAAAAGAAUUCUGAGAUUUCUUUUUAAAGCAUUCCACCAAACUGUGUAACUUGUUAAUAUUCAAGCAACUGCUUCUAUAGGCAUUUCUUACCCAGCCUAAAACAGUAUUUUAGUAUAUCUUAACUUUGCAAUUUUUUUUUGGCUACAUAUGUUUUAAUAACACAUAGAUGUCUUGGUAUGUUCAAGUAGUGUCUGAAAUAGAAUAUCUAGUCUUUCUUCACAGUACUUCUGUAUAAUGUGUGAUGCACUGGACUAUCUCUUGUUUACCAUUCAUGUAAUACAAACCAGCACAUUAUCAGCACUAAGCUCAAAGAAUGUUGCAUUUGUCUAGGCAGCUCUUUAAUAAGAUUAUUGGGAAACUGAAUAUGGUCUGAUGGUAAACAAGGGCUUUUACUGUUCUCUUCAGUGGAACUUUUUCUUGGUCAAAUUGUAACUAGCUAGUAUUAUAUUUAUAUACAGGGUCUUUUUUCUUUACCAAUGUAUUUUCCUACUCAUAGCUGACCAAUAAAUUCAUUAUCUGUUUCAAACUA